CUGUUAGUUUUUUUUUUCUUUCUCUGCCACACUUACUGAGUUGCAGUAAAGAAGGAACACAGAAUUUGCCUGCUGCUGCACAGCUCUUGGUCGUCUCAGACGGGGCGUGUGUGUGUGAGUGCGUGUGUAUGGGUGAGUCUUUGUUUUGCCGUCCAUUCAGAGGAUCUAAGCUGGCUUGAUCAGACAGACCAACAUGUGGACAGCAUGUCCACAGAAGAAGCAGGUGCGCCCUGCUCUGGGGUCCGACUGCUAAGCUAUGCUUGACAAGGCUCAGCCUACUGCCAGUAAGCUCAACCUGGUGAACUCUGAAGUUUCUGAAACCCCAGCAGCUUCGGACACACUUGAUGGUAUCGACAUGGCCGAACUUGUGGAAAGCCUGGAUGCCAGAGAGUUGGACCUCGAAGAGGGAGAGGAGCUCGACUAUGAUGGGAACUACUUGGGAGACUGCCGUAUACCAUUUUCAGCGGUGUACGCUACAGUGGGCUUUAAGGAGGCCAGUGCGAAGGUCUACCUCCCCACUGUGCCAAUUACCGCCAAGAUCCUAGAGGUGGAACGGUUCACCACGGCACAGGACCGCUUCAAUUUGUCACAGCAGAGGAGCGUCAACAAGUCUCUACCAGCCGUGUUUAAGAUCGAGAUGAAGCACGGAGAGUUUACCUGGGUGGUUAAGAGGAAGGAGAAACAUUUUCUGGAGCUGCACAGAGAGCUGAGGACGUACAAAACUCUCAUUAGGAUACCGCUGCCGUCACGCAGCCACACCGUGAGGAGGAAGACGGUGAGGAAAAGCGAGGUGAGGGAGAUGCCUUCCUUGCCCCGAGGGGGAGGAGAUGAGCUGGCCAGAGAUGAGCAGGUCUCCAGCAGGAGAAGACAGUUAGAGGACUACAUAAACACGCUUCUGAAGAUGGCCAUGUAUCGGAAAUAUCACCACACUAUGGAGUUCAUUGACGUUAGCCAGUUGUCUUUUAUACAUGACUUGGGACCCAAAGGACUGGAAGGCAUGAUCUACAAGCGUUCCGGCGGACAUCGCAUCCCAGGAAUGAACUGCUGCGGUCAGGGUCAGGCCUGCUAUCGCUGGUCAAAACGCUGGCUGGUGGUCAAAGACUCGUUCUUGCUGUAUAUGAAGCCAGACUCCGGGGCGAUCUCCUUCGUCUUGCUGAUGGACAAAGAGUUCAGCAUCAAGAUGGACUCCAAAGAGACCGAGACCCAACAUGGAGUCCGCAUUGACAGCCUUUCCAGGACACUUGUGUUUAAGUGCAGCAGCUACAGACAUGCGCGCUGGUGGGGUCAGAGCAUCGAGAGCUUCGUGCGGAGUCACGGGAAGGCUUUCCUCCAAGACCACCGCUUCGGGUCGUUUGCACAGGAACAGGAAAACGUCCCUGCCAAAUGGUACGUGAAUGGAAAGACGUACAUGGAGGAUGUGGCCGAUGCUUUGGAGGAGGCUAAAGAAGAAAUCUUUAUCACAGAUUGGUGGUUGAGUCCGGAGAUCUUCCUGAAGAGACCUGUUGUAGAAGGAAACAGAUGGAGGCUGGACUGCAUCCUCAAACGCAAAGCACAACAGGGUGUACGGAUCUUUGUGAUGCUGUACAAAGAGGUGGAGCUCGCCCUGGGCAUCAACUCAGGCUACAGCAAAAGGACGCUAACGCACCUGCACCCCAACAUCAAGGUUAUGCGGCAUCCAGACCACGUCUCUUCGUCCGUGUACCUGUGGGCCCAUCAUGAGAAGAUUGUGGUUAUUGACCAAUCGGUGGCUUUUGUGGGCGGCAUCGACUUGGCUUAUGGACGAUGGGAUGACAAAGAGCAUCGGCUGACAGAUGUGGGCAGCGUGACACGCUCUGUGGCCCUUGAGCAGGCCAGCGCCAGCACCGGCCCUCCCUCCAAUAAGGGUGUGCCUGCUGUUCAUGACGUCCCGCAGAGCAAUGGGCGAGGGACGCCGCCUCCUGACUCCGCCGAGUUGCCCAAGCUGAAGGGCGUUGGCCGCAGCAGGAUCGUCCGGUUCAGCCUGUACAGACACCUGCAAAAGCACACCCUGCAGCAUGUGGACAGCGUCAGCAGCGUGGACAGUGCAGAAAGUGAUUCUGUCAAAAGCCUGAAAACCGGUGUUGGAGAGUUACAGGGAAACACCCGCUUCUGGCACGGAAAAGACUACUGCAACUUUGUUUACAAGGACUGGAUCCAACUGGAGAAACCUUUUGAUGACUUUAUCGACAGGUACACCACUCCCAGAAUGCCUUGGCAUGACAUCGCCUCGGUGGUCCAUGGGAGAGGCGCCCGGGAUGUGGCCAGGCACUUUAUCCAGCGGUGGAACUUUACCAAAAUCAUGAAGCCAAAGUACCGCUCUCUGUCUUACCCUUUCCUCCUGCCAAAGUCUCACUCCUCUGCUGACGAGCUCAAGUACCAAGUUCCUGGGUGUGUUAACGCUAAAGUACAGGUGUUGCGAUCAUCAGCAGAUUGGUCAGCAGGCAUUAAAUAUCAUGAGGAGUCCAUUCAUAAUGCCUACGUCCAGGUCAUCGCCAAGAGCAAGCACUACAUCUACAUAGAGAAUCAGUUUUUCAUCAGCUGUGCAGACAACAAAAUGGUCUACAACAAGAUCGGAGACGCCAUCAUUCAAAGGAUCAUCAGGGCACACAAGGAUGGUAAGAAGUACCGCGUGUACGUGGUCACUCCUCUGCUUCCUGGCUUCGAGGGCGACAUCACUACAGGUGGAGGGAAUGCAAUCCAGGCUGUGAUGCACUUUAACUAUAGAACAAUGAUAAGAGGAGAGUACUCCAUCAUCUCCCAGUUAAAGAAGGAGAUGGACGACCAGUGGAUGAACUACAUCUCCUUUGCCGGUCUGCGGACUCACGCCGAGCUGGAGGGGCGACUCAUCACGGAGCUCAUCUACGUCCACAGCAAGAUGCUCAUCGCUGACGACAACACGGUCAUCAUUGGUUCUGCAAACAUCAAUGACCGAAGCAUGCUGGGAAAGCGUGACAGUGAGGUGGCAGUGAUUGUUGAGGACUCUGAGAACGUGGCCUCGGUGAUGGAUGGGCAGGAGUAUCAAGCCGGACCCUUCGCACUCGAGCUGCGCCUCGAAUGUUUCAGGACAAUCCUGGGAGGCCACACGGACACGAGCAUCGACCUUUCUGACCCCAUCAGCGAUCGUUUCUACAAGGAGGUGUGGAUGACCACGGCUGGCCGGAAUGCUACCAUCUAUGAGAAGGUCUUCCGCUGCCUUCCCUCUUCCCUGGUGAGGAACAUGUCCGAGCUGGAGCAGUUCCAGUACAAGCCAGGGUUGGCUCAGACCGAUAAAGCUCGCGCUCAGGAGGAGCUGCGCAAAAUCCGGGGCUUUUUGGUCCAGUUUCCCCUGGAUUUCUUGUCCGAGCAUAACCUGAUGCCCUCUGUUGGAACGAAAGAAGCCAUGGUCCCAACCGAGAUCUGGACAUAAGAGAUGACGACCAAUACUGGACCUGCAGCAUAGGAUAUGUGCUUCUCCCUAAUCCAGACACGAGAGCCAGAUUUCCAGGUGUCUUUUAGCUUCAUUUGACCGCAAGGAUCCUGGAACCUGGAACCUCUCAAACCUGUGGAUACCUGAAAACACUAAACUAUGGAAAGGGACUGCAAGUUAGCUGAACCCUGUGGAUGUGCAGUAUGAAGAACAAAUGGACUAUAAUUAUAACAAAAUCAUUUCAAAGUGAGGGAAAUUGUUGGCAGUUUGAGAUGCUGGGACUUUGAACUGCUCACAUCAAAUAUUCCACAGGGUCCAUCAUGAAAACAGUUUGGCGACGCUAACGAGACGCUCACCUCUCUGUUGACAAUAAUGCACGUGAUUCACUGAGUUUGUGAGAUGUUAGUGCUAUAAUUGCUGUUUUUGAUCUCAAGGCUGAGCAGCUGCGCACCUUUUUGACCUGACCUCCUAAAGUUUUGAGGCAUGGAGUUUUUAAAUCGGAAAUCCAGAAAAUGCUUCCUGUUCUCUGCGACAGACUGGCGACCUGUCCAGGGUGAACCCUGCCUCUCGCCCGGAGCGUAGCUGGAGAUAGACACUAGGAACCCACCCUUGCAGAAAAUGGAUGGAUGGAGGCCUUCCUGUUCUCCCUCGACGUCAAUGAAGGAUUUACUUUCUAGCAAAUCAUGGUGGAUGUGCGCGACUGCCAUUGCUGCAUCUACAGAUCGCAAUUCAGAAAUUCGGAAUAAGGAAAUCAAAGAUCGGAGGUAUCGGACAAUCAUCCUGCACAUUUGAACAAAUCAUUUUUCCUUUUGUCCAGCUGGUGGUGCUAGCUUCUUAAAACACAGACCGCAUCCCGACAGCUGGAAUAUUUUAUUAGGUUGUUUCGCUGCUUGUCUUAGUCUAAAUCAAAGUUCUAAAUCUGUUUAAAAUGCACAUUUGAGGCAGUUUUAGCUGAAACCAAACCAUCAUGUAAAAUUUCAGAAUUCCUGAUUCCAAAUAGCAUGUACGUGACCGGAUAGAAACCGGCUUCUCCAGAUUGUGCAGCUUGAUUUAUGACUCACUCGUUCCAUCGACGUGCAUGCAGGCAACCUUAUGUGUCCUCCGUCAAAGUAUUGAUUGAUCACUAUCUUCCCCCGAAUGUGAAAACCAGAGCGCAGCUUCCUGAGGCGAGCUGCGCCUUAUUCUAAAUGUAGAAACUAUUUGAGUGAAGAUUCUCGGAGGAACGGGAGAAAUGAGGGAUUGACAGAGUUGUCAGUUGAAACAAACAAACAAAAAAGAACCUAGAUGACCCAUUUUAUUUGGGACUGUGUAUCUUAAUAUUGUUUUUGUCACACCCAGCUUGGCCUGAAAGCAGCAGGGUGAGCAAACAUCUUAUGGACUCUUGUGAAUAAACACUUAAAUGGGACCAAGAGGUGUCCUUUUAGGAGAAUCUAAGAAAUGUAUGUUUUUGUGCUUCUGUAUUUGUCAGUGCAUUAUUUAUAAAUUGUGAAGCAUUUAACACUUUAUUUUUAAUGAAUGUUGUGGUUAUCUUAACGGUUGUUUAUUUGUAAUUUAACUGUAGCGUCAUGCAGCUGUCUAACUCCUUGUUCUCCGUCUGUACAAUCUGAAGUCGUUUUAAUUUAACACAUUGAAGUCUUGCUUCUUUCGACCCGCAAAAAAUAAACAUUGUAACGUCACAAUCUAUGUGCUCGGCAUAGACUUUUAUUGUGAUUAUGUUCGCAAUAAAAAUGUCAUUUAUACUCCUGACUGGAGCAUUUUAA